AAGACCUGAAGGUGGCAGUAAUGAGCUGUGGCUAGCAAAAUUUUACAGAAGACGAAAUCAGGAAAACGACUUGGUUACGCGUUUAGCUUUUUGUUUUUGUCAAUUGACAACUGAUAGAGUGUGUUCAUCUUAGAAGAUGUCUAAAAGACAUCGCUUGGACUUGGGCGAUGAUUACUCUUCCAAUAAGAAGAGGUCUGACGGGAGGGAUCGAGAUCGGGACAGGGAUCGUGAGGACCGCUCCAGGGAUAGGGACCGGGACAGAGACAGGGAUAGAGACUCCAAGCCUUCUGCUGCAGUCUCCAACAGCACAGCACCUGUGGCCAGCUUACCCACUCUUAAGCAGAUGCCAAUGCAUCAGCAGAUCAACCCUUUCACCAACCUGCCACACACACCGCGUUUCUAUGAGAUCUUAAAGAAGAGGUUACAGCUUCCUGUGUGGGAGUAUAAGGAGAGCUUCACCAACAUCAUCACACGUCAGCAAAGCUUUGUCCUUGUAGGAGAGACAGGCUCUGGGAAAACCACACAGAUCCCACAGUGGUGUGUGGACAUGGUUAGAGGUUUGCCUGGUCCCAAGCGAGCUGUAGCCUGUACUCAGCCAAGGCGAGUGGCUGCCAUGAGCGUCGCUCAAAGGGUGGCAGAUGAAAUGGAUGUCAUGCUUGGACAAGAAGUCGGCUAUUCCAUCAGAUUUGAGGAUUGCAGCUCUGCUAAAACAAUCCUAAAGUACAUGACAGACGGUAUGUUACUGAGAGAAGCUAUGAACGACCCUCUGCUGGAGCGAUACGGUGUGAUCAUUCUGGACGAGGCCCACGAGCGAACUCUAGCUACAGAUAUCCUGAUGGGAGUGUUGAAAGAAGUGGUCCGUCAAAGAUCUGACCUGAAGGUGAUUGUCAUGAGCGCCACUCUGGAUGCUGGGAAGUUCCAAGUAUACUUUGACAACUGUCCUCUGCUAACAAUUCCUGGACGCACACAUCCUGUAGAGAUCUUUUAUACCCCUGAGCCAGAGCGGGACUACCUUGAGGCGGCGAUCCGCACAGUCAUUCAGAUUCACAUGUGCGAGGAAGAGGAAGGCGACUGCCUUUUGUUUCUCACAGGUCAAGAGGAAAUAGACGAGGCUUGCAAGAGGAUCAAACGUGAGGUUGAUGACCUGGGUCCUGAAGUCGGGGACAUCAAAAUCAUUCCGCUGUAUUCCACGCUGCCUCCUCAGCAGCAGCAAAGGAUCUUUGAGCCGCCUCCUCCAAGGAAACCCAACGGUGCCAUUGGCAGAAAGGUCGUAGUGUCAACAAACAUCGCUGAGACUUCUUUAACAAUUGAUGGAGUGGUUUUUGUAAUCGAUCCUGGAUUUGCCAAACAGAAGGUGUACAAUCCUCGGAUCAGAGUGGAGUCUUUGCUGGUCACAGCCAUCAGUAAAGCUUCUGCCCAGCAGAGGGCGGGUCGCGCCGGCAGAACACGACCAGGGAAAUGCUUCCGUCUCUACACGGAGAAAGCCUACAAAACUGAGAUGCAGGAUAACACAUACCCCGAGAUUCUUCGGUCCAAUUUGGGUUCCGUGGUGCUGCAGCUGAAAAAGCUGGGCAUUGAUGACCUUGUUCACUUUGACUUCAUGGAUCCACCAGCUCCAGAGACCCUCAUGAGAGCUCUUGAACUGCUGAACUAUCUGGCCGCUCUCAACGAUGACGGAGACCUCACCGAGCUGGGCUCCAUGAUGGCGGAGUUUCCACUGGAUCCUCAGCUAGCAAAGAUGGUCAUUGCGAGCUGCGAGUUUAACUGCUCCAACGAAAUUCUUUCCAUCACCGCCAUGCUGUCAGUCCCACAGUGCUUUGUCCGUCCUACGGAGGCUAAGAAGGCAGCUGACGAAUCCAAGAUGAGGUUUGCUCACAUUGAUGGAGACCACUUGACGAUGCUCAAUGUCUACCAUGCCUUCAAACAAAACCAUGAGUCUAACCAGUGGUGCUAUGACAACUUUGUCAACUACCGCUCACUGAUGUCUGCUGACAACGUGCGUCAGCAGCUGUCGAGGAUUAUGGACCGCUUUAACCUGCCCAGGCGGAGCACAGAGUUCACCAGCAGAGAUUACUACAUCAACAUCCGGCGUGCUCUCUGCACUGGCUUCUUCAUGCAGGUGGCUCAUUUGGAACGCACAGGACAUUACCUCACAGUCAAAGACAACCAGGUGGUUCAGCUGCACCCGUCCACUGUCCUGGACCACAAGCCAGAGUGGGUGCUCUACAAUGAGUUUGUCCUCACGACCAAGAACUACAUCCGAACGUGCACAGACAUCAAACCAGAGUGGCUGGUGAAGAUUGCACCCCAGUACUACGAUAUGAGCAACUUUCCACAAUGUGAAGCUAAGAGGCAACUGGAGCGAAUUAUUGCCAAAUUGGAGAGCAAAGAAUAUUCUCAGUACUGAACAAUAGAACAUCCAUGUCCUGGAAAACAGCUGCAUUCUAUAGUUUUAGAUUUUUCUGUAUCAUUGUAUCUUGAUGUUUAAAGUUGGCUUUUUGAUUUUUAUAACUGCUUAUUUUGCUUAUUUCCCCCCUCAUCGUUGUCGGUUAUGUAGGAGUGAUAUCAGCAACUAUUGUUAAUCUUGGCUAUGAUCAUUUUCAAAAAAAAUGUCAAAUUUAGAUGUGGCUGUGUUCAUUUUUAGGAGAUCUGGAGCCAUAACAAAGACCUGUGCUUGCUUUUCUUUAAUAAAGGAGCUUUGACCUAAA